GGUACAAAGUCUGGCACCACUGAGCCGUUUUGGCAUCUUCCUCUCGCGUUGAUGGAUUCCAGCAGCAAAGACUAUAGUGUGGAGGACGGCAUCCAGCAGUUUUUCAAGGCUUCAGAGUUCAACGGAGACAAUCAGAUGUACUGUGACACCUGUGAUGACAAAAAUUAUGCUACUACUCAAUAUGUAAUAAGGAACCAUCCAGAAGUUUUGAUGUUGCUGCUGAAGAGGUUUGAGUUCAACUACUAUUACAUGAAGUACUUCAAAAUCGACCGUGUUGUGGCUGUUCCCUACAGCCUUCAGAUACCAGAGGGUCAGACAUAUGAACUGUAUGCAAUUGUGGAUCAUUUUGGUGAUCUGAUGAGUGGACAUUACGCAGCAACAAUCAAAGAUGAGCAUGGAGACAGAUGGUUCCGCUUUGAUGAUACCAGGGUCACAUUGUUUGAUUAUCAGCCGUUCCAGGUGGACAACACUGAGACAUCCCGGAGUGCUUACCUUCUGUUUUACAGGAAGAUGAAACAUGCUGACAGCUGCAGGCUCUCCCAUAGUGGAGGUGUCCAACCCAACCCCCAUCGAGAUGACAACGACAACGACACAACGUCUGUUCCCAUCGACAGAAAUGUACCAGAAAUAGUCAGUGUUGUUCCUACAGUUCCACCUCCUGGGCGAUCUGAAAAUGUAGAAAAUCCAGACAGUGAAGUUGAUGUUAGGAGGCCUGAACAAGGCAGUUACCAGGAUCAUGACUCGUAUAAGAAUGUUGAAGAUGAAUAUGUCGACAAACAGGGGAGUGAUGAGGGGAAGAAAAUGAAGGAUGAUGAGGAGAACAUGGAAGUAAACAGACAACUGAUCUGUACAGAAACGACAAGUGUAGAGGAUCAGGAAAAGGCAGCGAUACAAAAGAACAGAGAAGAGAGUGAAGAGGAGUCACUGGUAGAAGAUCAGCAGCAGGACAAUGGAGAGUUAGUCAGUGUCAACAGAAAUGAACAUCAGGACAGUAAACAGAGAACUGGACACUAUGACGUGGUGGAGCAAAGCAAAGGAAGACGUAGUCAGAAAAUCAAUAAAGAUCAGGUGUACCGCCCCAGUCAAACUCCCCACCUGCCACUGUCCCCGGAGCGGGUCACGCCCGGCGCCGGGGCCGGGCGCUUGACGCCAGAAACGAGAGCCCGCUCGGAGCUCGCCUCCCCCGCCUCACCGGUUCUAAGUCAGCUGCUAGGCGCCAGCCGAGGCGACCCGCCGGGGAGGCCCCCCGCGCGAACGGGGGACGGCCCCCCGACGGGCACCGCAGCUGGGGAGAUCCGCGAGAAGGGCCCGGCGCGCGUCCAGAGUCGCCGCCAGCCACCGCCGACACGCACCCCUCCGCCGGCCCGCCUUCCACGCGGCCGUCGGACACCGCCCCGCGAGGGAGGGGGACCCCCGCGCCGCGGCGACGCGCGAGGCGCCGCCGGGCGAAGGGCCCCACCCCGCGAGGCGGGCCGCGCAAAACCGCGCUUCCGGCGGCGGGGAGAGGGGAGCGACGGGGCGACUGCUCCCCCAGCCGCGGCGCGAGCCCAGCCCCGCUUCGCACCCCAGCCCGACCGACCCAGCCCUUAG